AUGUUAAUUGCACGUUUCCCGGGAGAAGCACAUCACUACUACAGUCGAGAUGAAGCUAUAGAUAGCACCGAGCAAUUAGUUAUGGAAGAUUUCUUAAACACUCUUACACCAAACGGCCUUCCUCCACAUGAAUUGCAGCUAAAGAGGAAUUGUCCAAUAAUGUUGCUUAGAAACAUUAAUCCUUCAGAUGGACUCUACAAUGGAACCCGUUUGAUUUGUCGAGCAUUUGAACCAAAUGUGAUAGAUGCUGAAAUUGAUGUAGGACACCAUAGAGGAAAAAGAGUCUUUAUACCAAGAAUACCAUUCUUACCCAAUGUGGACGAAAAUAGCGGCUUUCCAUUUAAACGAACACAAUUCCCCAUAAGAUUAAGUUUUGCUAUGACAAUAAACAAAUCGCAAGGCCAAACGUUAGAUUAUGUUGGAGUUUAUUUGCCACAACCUGUUUUUUCACACGGUCAGUUAUAUGUGGCAUUGUCAAGGGCAAAAACAUCGUCUACAGUGCGUGUGUUAAUCCGACCUGUGACCACAGGCCAGCACGAUAAGAACUACACCAAAAACGUAGUCUACACAGAGUAA